AUGAGUGUGUUCGCUGGUUCGCAUUUUAAAUUUACUGGUUCAUUUUUCAACUAUAAAAUGAAUAAAUAUUCAAAAUUAAACAAUCGCGAGGUUGAGAAUAUAUUAGUUGAGAUUCCUGGCGAUGAUGGUGGUCUAACUGAUCUCGAAGAUGAAAGCGACGAUGAUUAUUUGGUUGAAGAAAAAAAUUAUUUGGACUUAUUAGAUUCAAGCGCGAAUGUUAUAUAUUGA